CCAACCUCCCAAGUUACGUGCUAAAGACCAUCACCAUUCACCACCCACUCCAUUCUCUUGGCUCUGUGUUUGAGGCUUUGUGUGCAACAAGAAACGAAUCGGAGCUGAGGAGAUGGAUCCGCGGUCUGCAGAGGUCGCCGCGGAGUUUCCGCCGCUGAUUCGCGUCUACAAGGACGGCCGCGCCGAGAGGCUAAUGCCCGUCGACCGCGUCCCGCCGGGCGUCGAUGCCGGCACGGGCGUCUCGUCUAAAGACGCCAUCGUCUCGCCGGAAACCGGCGUCUCCGUCCGCCUUUUCCUCCCGCCUCUCGCCGACAAGGGGGAGGAUAGGCUCCCCAUCGUCUUAUACGUCCACGGGGGCGCCUUCUGCGUCGGCUCCGCCCUCUCCUCCAUCUACCACUCCUUCUGCAACUCCCUCGCCUCCGUGUCCCGGGCCCUAAUCGUCUCCGUGGAGUACCGCCUCGCACCGGAGUGUCCCGUCCCCGCCUGCUACCUAGACUCCUGGGCAGCCCUCCAGUGGGUGGCUCGCCAAGGCGCAGAGGAGCCGUGGCUGAGGGAUCACGGUGACCUUGGCCGGAUCGUUCUGGCCGGGGACAGCGCCGGUGCCACCAUCUCCCACAGCCUAGCCAUGGCUGCCGGCGGCGCCGCUCCGUUCGAACCGCCCUCCGGCGAGGAAAAUCUAAAGGUGCAGAUAUCGGGGCUGGCUUUGAUCCAUCCCUACUUCUUCGGAAAGAAUCCGGGCCGCGACCCCCUGUGGGAGCUUGUUUACCCCACCACUCCCGGCACCGACGACCCUCUCGUGAACGUGGUGGCAGCAGGCGGGCCGGAGAUAUCGCAUCUCGGCUGCGGGAGGGUGUUGGUGUUUCUUGCGGAGAAGGAUUUUCUGAUCGGAAGGGGGAGGUGGUACGUCGAGGUGCUGAAGGGAAGCGGGUGGGGCGGCGCUGCCGAGGUGGUGGAGCACAAGGACGAGGGCCACGUCUUCCACCUGAUGGACCCCAAGUGCUCCAACGCCGACGACAUCCUCAAUCGCCUUUCCUCCUUCAUUAACGCUCCUGCUGCUGCUGCAAUAUGCCGCAUCUAGAGUUUACGGCUUCUCUGCCGUCGGCCGCUUCAGGUGAUUCCGUGCUUUCCUUCUGCUGUUUUUCCCUUUUCUGUGUCUUCCCUUCCAUUUUCUUGUUUUUGUGGGGUUGUUGCCAUUUGUGGUGGCGAGCGCUCCUGGAUAAAAAGUUACUGAAAUCUGAAAAUGACAUCUGGAGAGUUUCUCUUCUGGUCC